AAAACGCUGUCGGAUCGUCAACGGUUUCGUUCAGUAGUCUGCGACUUGCCGACGCACAAACGCGUUCACGAUAUAUUGUUAAUUUGUAACGCAUCUGUAAAAGUGUCGGCGAACUUUCGAUUUUGGAACACUUUCAAAAUAAAUUGUUAGUAUUUAUUUUUGUUAUUUUGGGCUGAUCUCAACUGCUAUACAAAAAUGCCUGAAGUAGACACCAAUAACGAACUGGCUACACUGAAAGAUUGGCUGUGUAAACAACCUCAUUUGCCACAUGAAGUCGAUGACAUUCUCCUCCUUCGUUUCCUGACCAGCUGUCGCUACAGUCUCGAGCGUGCCAAGAGGACCAUUGACUUGUUCUUCACCAUCCGUGCUAAUGGACCUGAGCUGUUCUGCAAACGAGACCCCUGGUCUCCGGAAAUCAGACGUGUCUUUGAGAUCACGGAUAUGCUUCCUCUCCCACACAAGACGAAAGAAAACUACAAAAUCUUCAUCUACCGCCUGAAUAACCCUGAUCUCGACCUGUUUAACUUCGUGGAUGCCGUCAAGACCUUCUUCAUGUUAGCUGACACCAGACUCACUGAGGAUCAUGAGAUACCUGCUGGAGAGAUCCCCAUUUUUGACGCAGCUAACGUGUCUAUUAAGUUCAUUGGGAAAGUCAACCUUUCCGCUCUCAGGAAAUACAUGAUGUACACACAGGAAGCGAUGCCAAUCCGACUAAAACAAGUGCACGUGAUCAAUGCUCCUUCUUACAUUGGCAAGAUUUUCGCUUUGUGCAAACCGUUUUUGAAGACUGAAGUAUCUAAACUGAUAAAAUUUCACGAGCCCAACACUGACACCUUGUACAAGGAUAUACCACAAGAUCUCCUGCCAACAGAGUUUGGGGGCAAAGCUGGUUCCAUUGAAUCUAUUAAACGAGAGUGGAUUAAAAAGAUGGAAGCUAAAAGGGAUUGGUUCUUAACCAAUGACAAGCGGUGGGCGGUCGACGAGGCUCUGAGACCUUCAGGCAACCAUGACGACAGGGUGAAUUCCGUGAAGGAGCUACCUGGUUCAUUCCGAUCAUUAGCUUUAGAUUGAGUACUUGUAUAGCCUACAUAUAGUAUUAUUUUGAUAAAGCAACCUCUUUGGAUAUUAAUUAAAUAUUUCGAACUUUUUCAGUGUUCUUGCAUUUUUUCUAAAAUAUUUUUUGUAAUAAUAAUUCAACUUUUUUGUUACAGUUUAAUUUUAAAAGUAAAACGGAUCUAUUUUAAUAAUUAUUUAAUUACUAUCCUGCUUUCUAUAUUUUUUUAUUUUAUUUUAAAGUUGUGGUGUGGUGUCAAAUAGGUCCAAUCAAAUUAGGUUGUUUUUUAUUUGUAUUUGUAUUAAGAUUUAGGCUAGGCUCUGAUUGCAACUUUUCGUCACCGUGACUUUUUGUCACUUAGUCAAGUGCAAUGAAAACUAUACUGAGUGCGCUCAUUAUGGUGACGUGAUAAGACGGUGACAAAUAGUUGCAGCAGCAGGCAAUGCCGGAAUGACGUGACUGUCACUCGCGUACACGUACGUACAUUACAAUGGGAGUCCGCUCACUGGUGACUUUUUGUCACUCAGCCGGCAUACAAAAAUGAACGCGAUUUGUCACCCAAGAACAGAUUCAGUGAGCGCACCGUGGGUGACAGCAGGUGACAGUGACAAAAAGUCACGGUGACGAAAAGUUGCAAUCAGCGCCUAGCCUUAGAAUUAAGAGAGAGUGAAGUUCAAAUUUUGAAAAAGGGGUUAUACUUACGAGUAUGUAUGUCUUUCAUAUUAAAUAAGUACCUAGUUGUACAAAAGUUCUCUUAAAACUGUACUUAGGUAAGUAUAUUACUUUUAUUUAAAAUGAAGUGAGAUAUAGUGUUACCAGUAUGUAUAUAAUUAUUUUCGAUAAAAUUAUAUGUAGAUAUUAACAUACAUCUCACUUAAGCACUAUUUUGAUACUGUAUGUAAAAGUACCUCACUGGACGAUAUUUUAACUAUUAAUGUGUGAUAAAUAUUAGUGGCUACGUUCAAUGUAAGUUUAAUAUAAAUAAAAUUUUAUACAUAUUUUUAAAUAAAAAGGAUUCGCAGUAA